AUGUCGUCUACAUAUAAGUUUAUAAAUGAACAUUUUCAGCAACAAUUUGAUUUUAAUAUUAAUGAAAUUACGUAUACGAAAAUAGUUGAUUACAUGUAUAUACAGAAGGAUUCAUCUAGUUUGGCUGUGACAAGAAUACUGUUUGGUGUUGCCAUGUUGUUUGAUAUACCGGAUGAAAGGGGAGGUGCUAUUAUGGAUGAACGCUGGGGUGACCCUCUCACAUGCCACUUCCCUCUUAUUCCCUUCAUACGAGCUGUAUCUAUGCCCUACAUGGCCCUUGUAUACGCUGCUAUGUGGUUAGGAGCACUUGGCAUCAUGUUGGGAUACAAGUACCGUCUCACUGCAUCUAUGUUCACUAUCAGUUACUGGUACUUAUUUCUGAUUGAGAAAAGUUUCUGGAACAAUCACAGCUAUCUGUUCGGAUUGGUCGGUCUGUUGCUUGCGUGCACACAAGCCAACUGUUACUGGUCAAUAGAUGCUUACCUAGAUACGACAACAAGGAGGGAGACGGUACCUUAUUGGAACUAUUUCGUGCUCAAGUAUCAAUUCUUCAUAUUAUACUUUAUGGCGGGCCUGAAAAAAGGCACAGCAGAAUGGCUUACGGGCUAUUCAGUUCAGAAUCUCAGUGAGCACUGGGUGUUUGAACCUUUCAAAUUGUUCCUGACAAUACCUCAAAUAGAUUACAUAGUGGUACAUUGGUUCAUAUUUGUUUUCGACCUCACGGUGGCCAUGUGGAUGAUGUGGUCUAGAAGUCGACAUGUAGCCAUGGUGUUCUGUGCUUUGUUUCAUCUCAUGAACAGCCGACUUUUCAGAAUUGGUAUGUUCCCAUGGGUAUGUCUAGCUACAAUGCCAUUAUACUACUCGUUCAAUUGGCCGAAAAUUCUAAUAAAACUAUGCAAAAAAUAUAUAAGGAUAGUUGACGGUCAAUUAAGACGAUGGUACGCUUUGGUUAAAACUGAGAAAACAUGUGAAAAUGAAGCGAAUGCUAUAGACACUGAAAAUAAAUGUAAUACCGAAAAUAAAGAACUUGAAAUUGAUCAGGAAAUUAAAGACUCUGGUAUGGAUCCUACUGACACAACUGAAAAUUCAGAUGAAAUGAUUUCUAAUACAGUAGAAACUGAUAUAGACGAAAGUGGAAUUGCGAGUAAAUGUAAUGAAAUGGAGGAGGAAAACAAACUAUCUCGAACUGAAGUAAACGUAGAAGGAAAAGAUGUUAAGCGUAACAGAAUUACAAUGUACUUUAUUGUCUUUCAUAUUUUGAGUCAAGCCUUCUUGCCAUUUUCGCACUUUAUCACCAAGGGCUUCAAUAACUGGACGGACGGUCUCUACGGCUACUCCUGGGACAUGAUGGUCCACACCUGGGACACAUAUUCCGUUGUCGUCAAAGUUAUCGACAACGAGAGGAAUAAAGAAUUUUAUGUUGAUCCUCAAGUUUACGCUCCUAACGACAGAUGGACGAGACACGGGGACAUGGUAUACCAAUACGCGAGAUGCUUAGAAAAGAACUUGAUUGACGCAAGUAUGAGUCGAACGGAACCGGUUUUGUCCAAUAAUUUAUCGCUUUACAUAGACGUGUGGUGUUCAUUGAAUGGCCGAUUUACACAACGCAUGUUCGAUCCUAAUGUUGAUAUAUUGAAGGCCUUCUGGUCGCUCUUGACGAGGACACCUUACCUGAUGCCACUGUUGGACGAAGCGUCUAAUUGGAGGAGCAGAUUAGACGAAAUAAGAGACUAUGUACGAUCGUGGAACAAUUACAGCGAUGUUAUGUUCAUAGCUGAUUUUCCAGGAUAUGUACAAGAGAAAUAUAUUCCACCAGAACUACAUAACGUUACCCUAACCGUACUGGAGGGUAUGGUGGCAUAUGAACCGGAAGUAACCAAGCAACAAGGACAGUCCUAUCGGCUAUCUAGCGGAAACAGAAUCGACGUGGUAUCUGGCAUCUUUCACAAAGUCCUUAAUAUUGGAGAUACGCCCUCUUUUUAUAUGUACACAUUUUUUAAUAGUACAGACAUAUAUAAUAAUAUAACAACAGCAAACAUUAGCAAAACGCAACCUUUCCUACCGAUUGGGAAGGAAUUAAUCAAAAGAUUUACCGGUAUGGCUACGUUUGCUGAUUUAGUUAUAAGAAAUAUUUGUCGCAUAGUUUUUGUAAGGAGCCAAUGUUAUUAA